GGAUCUAAAGGCCCCUUUAAGGGAAAAUAUAAGUUUGAAGACGAGCCGCGGGCAGCAGUACUCCCUCACAUCCUCUGCUCAGUUCAAAAGAUGACAAACUUCCUCAUCUCUUUUGACACAUUCACCGGGGCUUUGGGUUAAGCUUUGAUAUUUGUGAAUGCCAAAGUAAAAGGACCGUUUUUAAUAUUCUUGUUUUGAACGUCGGGCGGUCUGUGGACUGAAUUACUGAAUUGAUGAUAUUUCCAGCGGGCAGACGUGCAUCCUGUCCGGGAAGAGGUUAGCAGUAACACCGUGGGAGUUUUGCAACAAACCUGAGGAGUUACCGGUGGGGAAACAACCUCAGAAGGAACAGCCAUCUGGACGUACUUCUCUUUCGUAAUCUGCGUUUCAGAAGCUGGACUUUUGCAACUUUUAACUAGAAAUGGUUGGCAGGUUGAACUUGCCAAAUGUGUGUGAAGGAGAUCCACUGGAUAUGAGCUGCAGGGCUGACAGAGGACUUGACAGCCCGGACUCCGGAUUACCCCCGAGCCCGAGCCCCAGCGCCUGGCUGCUGCCCGUGUGUGCGGAUAAAGCCGGGGGCGCGAGCCCGGUGUCUGAAGACGAGGAAAGGGGCUCCCUGGUUCCAGUUUUACCCACCGGAUCUUUCCAGCAGCUACACCCAUUGUCCUUUGGGGAAGGCAUAGCACUUGAUCCAUUACCAGCGAAGGAAAUAAGAUACACCGCAUCCGUGCACUACGACUCGGACCGCCAUUUCAUCCAGGGCGUGACCCUGCAGCCUACGGGCCGGGGCCUUGAACACUGCAGGCAGACCAUUAUGGCCGUGCCCCACAGUACCUGGCGCCACUACAAGACACAGCUGGAGUUCCAACCCCGCCACCGGCUGCAGCACUUCAAGAGCACCACCAUCGUCUACCCCAAGAAAACCAGCGCCCUCUACUGCACAGAGCUGAGCUACGACUGCAACCGACUGUCCAAACGUUUCCUCUCCAGUGUGGAGCUGGAGGCGGCUGGUCGCAGAAAGCUAUCCCAGUGAGGUGGGGGUGGGGGGGGGGAGGGGGGAACAGGUGGCUGGGGACAGACACACAAGGGGGUUUAUUCCCAUGGCCCCUAUACUGUAGCUCCCCCCAUGGCUGGCUGCCAUCGACCUGCUGUGUUGUCUUUUUACACUUAUGUAGCCUGUUGUCUCUUUCAGUACCCUUCCUAUACUGUGGACAUGAAGCACCUGUGCUGUGAGGUUACAGAUAUCAGAGAUGACAAGACACGGACAAAGUGGAUAAAAUAGUCCAUUCAGUCCAUGUCUCCAUGUUUGUAUUCCUGCCAAUGGAUGAUCUCUCAGUUGGCUUGGAUAUUUCAUUAAAUGCUUCACUUUUGCAGCUUGUUGAUUUCAAAAAUCACGUAUGUGAUUAGUUUUUACUGGCUGUAGAAUCGGCUUAUAUGGACUGGGAUGAGGAGAAUACGUAUUUACCCUCAGCAAAGUAACUCUCCCCAUGUCACAUCAAGUUGAUUUAAGUAUGCAGUGUGAUUGGUGUGAGACCUGCCUCGGUUCAAAGAAUUUAGUUUUUAAUCAUGGAGAAGAGGGUUUUUUUUAAACUGCUAAUUUAGACCAUGGUUCAAAGUGACUCGUGUGUAAGGCAAAGGGGAAGUAAAAAUGAAAUGUGGUGCAUGUUAAGAAAUUACUAACUUAUCCACACUGUACAAAGGAUGUAGUGAAAAUACUUAUAGUCACAAGCUAAGCUCUCCCAAGCCUUCUCUCUGGACACUGUCUAUGGCUGCAAUUCAUAAUGUAUUAUGUAAAUGUCGGUAGAUUAAGGGAACUGUUCUGUUCUCUGUGAUGUGUAAGCCUAAACAAAACUGAUUUAAGUACGUAGUAUAGAUGGGUCAUGAGUGUGGAGUUUACCUGAAAAGUGGAUAUUAUUUUUGAUAUCACUCACUUGCUUACUAGUGAAAAUAACAAGCUGCAUUCCGCUGCCAUCACUUUCUUUGACUCGACUUGGAUUGAAAUUGUAUUUAUUCUGUUGGAGUUUCAGGUUCUGAGAUUUUAUCAGCUGUUUUAACGGGUCCCUUCAGUCAUGGCAAGGGAUAUUUUUGUGAUGCCAUUUGCGCCCUAUUGAUGUAUCUGUUGAUGCUUUUUUAUAUUAGUCACUGCAGUGCCAGUUUGAAAUAAAGUGUUCGUCAGAUCAACAA